GCCACUCACUCACCUUUUAGUGUGCGUCGUGAGCAAGAGUCAACUAAUCAUCCAUAGAUAUGCCCGUAAAAGUGAAGACAUUGUGUAUUUGAAGUUGAUUUAAGUGAAUCGAGAGUUCCUCUUUCAAAUUUUGGAAAACCAAGAAUUUCUCAGAUUGAAGAGGGAUCGACCUUUAGUCGAGCAAGCCCCCAGUUCCAUGAAGCUGGAGUGAAGUUGAGGUUUGAGUCGAGAGCUCUGGUACACAUGAUUACAUAAUCGAAGUACACUCAUUCUCCGACACAACAAAACAAACCUGAUAUCCCUAGUUGCAGACAACUGUGAAAACAUACCAAUAACUAGACCAAACUGGCCUUAAGUCAACUGUCAGUCAUUGAUUGGUCAUGAUCUUGUUUGAUGCGAUUGCUUACAUUUCCGGUCAAUCAUUUGCGCCUGUGGACCGAAGCAACUAACUGCGCAAGAGCUCCAACUAAGUUCGAAUUUGUCCAUGGAUGAAGAGGUCUUCAGUUCAAUCGCGCCUCAUCACUCAAAGUUAAUGGGAAAGGAAGCUAAGCGAUACAUCAAAUUCUAGGAUAUAAUCGUCGUUUGGGUUAAUACUUGAAAAUUGCCCAACUUUGUCGGGAAAUAUGGCAAAGAAACAAUAAGGAUCAUCUUGACUUGUACCUUGAGGCAUCUAAAUCUCAAGACGCAAUUUCUCGCUCGGCCUGAAUGCAAGUGUCUCCGAAUGUGUAACUUCUACAGUUAUUGACCGCCGGUUGGGCGCCAUCUCAAAUAAUUUCGUUCGGCGCUCCCUUUCAAGGUGCAAGUCUGAAAAGAGUCUUUUGAGCUCUGAACACAUGUGUGUGUGUGUUGAUGAGUCUGUUAUCAGAGUAUGAUGUUCCACGCAAUUCAAGUAGUGUUUGACGAAUGAAGUGCCAGCGGAAUGACUUCGUAUGUGAACACUUGGCUCCGAAGAAAACGGUUCGAUUCAUCGGAUUCCUCCGAGAACAAUGACAAAUCCACUGACUACUUUGAGGAGUACGACGACUUUCAAGAAUAUGAUGAUGGCGAUUUGAAUGAAGAUGAUUGCCUUUAUCGAUCCGUGGAGAAUGGAAAAAUCCACACUUGUCGCCGGAAGUCACUCGACCCGCAAGCAGAGCAAGAAUUACGAUACUGCAAUGAGCUGGACGUGAAUGUGAAGCCAAUUCCCGGACAAGGAUAUGUUCCUCGAAGAUCGCGCCAUAUCUCCAUUGGGGAUUCCGAUUGUAAACGAGUCCCUGUGACGCCUCCUUCGUCGCUCACUUCCAAUGGAUCUGCUCCUCGAGGGUUCGUCCGGGUUCGCUCACAAUGGCAAAAAGCUGUGCGAAGAAUGUCCGGCAGCUCCGGUAGCGGCGGAAAUGGCACGCCUAGUCCGGAGAUGCCCCAACCCCCACUGCCCAUCCUUGUUCCACGGACCAUUUUGGACCGACCCACCGGAGGGGGGCGGCGGACCCGCCAUACAAGUCUGACCAUAGAUUCCGAACCUGCACCCGUUUUCGACCCCCAUGCAGACCGUAGGUUGCAACGAAUGCAUAAAGCGGAUUCUUCCCCAUUACCUCAGGGACCGCCUCUUCCAGAGCAAGAGAGACGCAGACGUGCUUCCCAGCCAGUGGGCAACCGGUGGGAGAAUUUUCCCUUCAGCUCGGCUUUUACUUAUGGGCGUGGCACCACGGUCCCAUUUCCUUGCGGAAGUGAGGCUGUCAUGAUAAACUCAGCCCUAGCCCAUCAAGCGUUUCAAUCCUAUAUGAAAAACGCUGCGGCAUCCGACCAAACAUCAAUGCAAUCAGUUCACCGGAGGAACUCUGGAACCGAUUAUGAACUUCGGAGAAGAGCCUCUUCUCUAUCAACUCCCCAUCGUGGUUCCGACAUUGAGGCUGAUCCAGACCAAUCCGCUUGUCUUUUCCGAACGGCACGAGGACUUCCCGCCACAGAUCCGUUUUUGGAAAAGGAAGGCUUCCAAAGCUUAAGAAGCGACGAGAACCAGAUCUUUGUCAAAUUCUUCCGAUUUCACAAGUGCUAUGAUCUCAUCCCAACCUCGGCCAAGUUGGUGGUGUUUGACACGCAACUCCUCGUGAAGAAGGCCUUUUUCGCAUUGGUGUACAAUGGAGUCCGGGCUGCUCCGUUGUGGGACUCGAAGAAGCAGAAGUUCGUGGGAAUGCUCACCAUCACCGACUUCAUCCGUAUCCUUCAGAUGUAUUACAAGAGUGCCACCGUCGAGAUGGAAGAGCUGGAGGAGCACGAGCUUGAGACGUGGAGAAGCGCACUGCACGAUGCCAAGGAGUUGAUCUGGAUCGAUCCCGAUGCCAGCCUAUUCGAAGCCAUCCGUACCCUAAUCCAGAACAAGAUUCAUCGCCUGCCAGUCAUCGACCCUCUCACCGGAAAUGUGCUCUACAUCCUGACCCACAAACGCCUCUUGCGCUUCCUUUUCCUUUACAUUCACGACCUUCCCAAACCGAGCUACUUUAACCAAUCCAUCGGAGACUUGGAUAUUGGCACAUACACUGGGAUUGAGGUGGCCCAUAACGAGACGGCCAUCAUCGACGCAUUGAACAAGUUCGUCCAGAAACGCAUCUCCGCUCUGCCCAUUGUAGAUACGGAAGGCAAGCUCAUCGAUAUCUACGCCAAGUUUGAUGUCAUUAACCUCGCAGCUGAGAAAACCUACAACAAUCUGGACGUGACCCUUAAAGAAGCCAAUGAACAUCGCAAUGAGUGGUUUGAAGGCGUGCACACGUGCAAAAAGACAGACUCACUCUAUACCGUCAUGGAAAUUAUUGUCAAGGCUGAGGUCCACCGAUUGGUCAUUGUAGAUAAUGAGCAUAAAGUUCAGGGAGUCAUUUCGCUGUCUGAUAUCCUUGCAUAUCUGGUCCUGAGACCAUGUGAAGUAAAACCGGUUGAUCCUGUGGAGGAACGUAAAGUGGAGAGAAAGAUUUCGGAGUCUCGGAGUGACAGUCUUUCUGAUAGUGUACAAGACAAGUUGAGCAUAGACGCAUGAUAAUACGACCGAUUGAUGGAUCUUAGAAGAAAUGACCUCCACCCCAUACAGUUCCAAUAGAAGAUAUGAUUUCGAACAAAAAAUGGACACCCUGGAAUGAAAUGAACCAAGAUUGUUUGUGUUCCCUAAUUUGAACCGCCGCCGGUGAUCCUUGCUCCCCUUUUUUGGCAAAAAUGUGAUAUUUAUUCCAUGAAAAACGACACGCAUCAAACGCCCGACCUGCUGAAUAUUGCUACAUUCAAGAUGAAAAACCCUUGAUGACGUCACAAGAGAUGACUACUAAACUAUUACUUACAGUGAACUUGUUGAUUUGGGGAGAUCUUGGCUCUCGGAAAAAUUCAAUCCAAAGCUGUAAUCGAACGAUAUAACACAAGGAAAUACAACAGGCAACCAUAAA